CGCCGCUCCAGACCGCGGUGGCGGCUCUUGCCGAGCGGAGCGGCGCGGUGCGGGCGGCAGCGGGGCGCAGGAAGAGCGGCUGCGGCAGCCCCUGCCGGGUCCCGACACGGGCAGGGCUCACCUUGGCCGAGCCUGGCCGCCCCCUGCAUCGGGGCGGAAAGUUCAGCGCGCAGGAAGUUUGGGGCAGCUCGGAGAGUAACUCGGCAGCUGUGACUGCUGCUUCGGGUUGGGAAGCAACCCACAACACAACAACCAAAAAGCCUGUGAAAGGGGAAAGAACACGGGCGAGAGAAGCACCCGUGGGGGGGGAGAGCCGGGUUUCUUUGCAGAGCCACGGUCCUGUUCACAGCGGAUCCCAAUGCAACUGCUCAUCCUCCUCCUCUUUUACGCUGUAGUCUGUGCGAACUUUUGCAGCCGUCAGGGCACUACUGCCCCUGCCCAGAGCGGAUCUAUAAAAGCCCUGCGGUCCUCCAAUAUCAGGCGGGAUGAGAGCAAUCACCUCACAGACUUGUACCGAAAAGAAGAGACCAUCAGCGUGGCAGGGAACGGCUGCAUCCACAGUCCUCGCUUCCCCAGCAGUUACCCCAGGAAUCUCCUGCUAACAUGGCGGCUCCACUCACCGGACAGCACCAGGAUCCAGCUGGCUUUUGAUAAUCAGUUUGGACUGGAGGAGCCUGAAAAUGAUAUCUGCAGGUAUGACUUUGUGGAAGUGGAAGAUGUAUCAGAGACCAGCACAGUUAUACGAGGACGGUGGUGUGGGCACAAGGAAGUACCUCCAAGAAUAACAUCAAGAACAAAUCAGAUAAAGAUAACCUUCAAAUCGGAUGACUACUUUGUGGCUAAACCUGGAUUCAAGAUUUGUUACUCCCUUGUGUGUAGCUCGAAAGAGGCAGAUUUUGCAAACACUCAGGAAAUGGAUGAUUUCCAGCACGCAGCCUCAGAAACCAACUGGGAGUCAGUCACAAGCUCUGUCUCAGGGGUAUCCUAUCCCUCUCCAUCAGUGACUGAUCCUACCCUCACGGCAGAAGCACUGGAUCAGACUAUUGCUGCAUUUGACACAGUGGAGGAUCUGCUCAAACACUUUAACCCGGACUCCUGGCAAGAAGAUCUUGAGAAUUUGUACACAGAGAGUGGCCACCACUAUCGAGGCAGGAGCUACCAUGACAGGAAGUCAAAAGUUGACCUGGAUAGGUUGAAUGAUGAUGUGAAACGUUACAGCUGCACUCCAAGAAACUACUCUGUCAAUUUAAGGGAGGAACUGAAGCUGACAAAUGUCGUUUUCUUCCCCCGAUGCCUCCUUGUCCAGCGUUGUGGAGGAAACUGUGGCUGCGGGACUUCAAACUGGAAAUCCUGCAUGUGCAUGUCAGGGAAAACAGUGAAAAAAUAUCAUGAGGUGCUGAAAUUCGUCCCUGAGGCUGGCCAUCCCAGAAGAAAAGGCAGAACCAGGAACAACAUGGCCUUAGUAGAUAUACAGCUGGAUCACCAUGAGCGUUGUGAUUGUAUCUGCAGUUCAAGACCACCCCGAUAAAAAAUAAAGAAAAAAAAGAAAACCAGACACACUAAUUGCAGCUUACCAGAUGUUUACUUUUAAGCAGGAUUGCUCUGAGGACCUUUACUCACUAUUCAUUUGAACUUUGCUACUAGCCUGCCUUUGCAAUUAGCAAAAAUGAUCGCUAUGUUUCAGCAUAGCUUUGCUGAUAAGUGCCAUGGCAGCCAAACAGGUAUAUCAUAGAUUUUUAUGUAUCAGCAUCCAAGAGAAUAGGAUUAUGGUUAUCUGUAGCUAGAUUCUGAAGGUUGAGAUUUUCAGCUCAUUUACAAUCCUUAGGCAUGCAAUGCCCAUUGAAAUGAAACACCAGUUAGGUAUUUGUGGUAGCUGGCAAUGAAAUAGCAUUGUGUUUGUGUUUCUGUUUCUCACUCACCAGUUCCUAACUCAAAUUCUGCUGCCAUUUCUACCUGCCUAGCUCUCCUGGUGGUCAGUAAGGUUCUGUGGGUAUAAAUGAAGACAGAAUUUGGGCCUGUAUGAGUGUAAAAUGGCUUCUCCCACCCUGAGAGGGAACUUCCCAGCAUUCUGGCCCAACAGAGUGAGAUGUAGCAUGGAAGGUCUAUCACUAUAUAAAAUAACACACCAAUAAGAUCAAAUCUUACUUUUUGUACUUGAGCAAAUUGUGUGUUGAAAUUAGCAGAUGCUUUGCAUAAGAUAGGACAUUGGUGCUGGUAAGGGUGUAUGGAGGCUGGUACUUUUGCCAUAGUGAUUCCAUGGGAGCCAUCACCCAGGCACUUCUGCAAGAGGGGGCUCCUACCAAGUCCCCAGGUAAAUCCAUGUGGACUGGGGCUGAUUGUUGUCUCUACCUACCUGGACUGGACUCCUGCCCGUUGCCCAGAGCUCCCCACAGUUGCCCAGGAGAAGCCCCUUCUACAUAAAAAGGGAGAGACAACCCUCCCCUUGCAUAUUCCUUGCUGCAGUUCGAGGAGUGUCAUGUUUCCCCACACAGGCAAUGAAGAUAGGGCACUUGUUUGUUGAAAAUAUUGAUUUGUUUUGCAGUUGUACUACUGGGAAACAAAACUGUUCUUGAGAUUUAAUUAUCGUUAUUUGGUUUGGGGUUGGUUUGUUUGUUUGUUUUAAAUAUGGAUUAUUAUAACUUUGUCAUAUAUGCAUUAAUCUUAGUUAUCUGAGGUUAGUUGUCUUAUUUCAGCUCUGUGUAUUGCCAUGGUUAAACUGUUGACAGUGAAUUUCUUUUUUGAUUGCAUUUUGCUGAGGCAUAUUAACUCAUUAAGCAAUGUCUGUCUGUCAUGGAAAAUGUGCAUCAUUUAAUAACUUCUACAAGAAUAUUAUUAAACACCACCUCAUAAUAAAUUAAGCACUUUAAAAGCUACAGCAUAGCUUCCUAUGCCUUUUAAAAUAUUAUGAAAGUGUUCUAGCUGAAAAAGGGAAAAAAUAUCCUUCUAAAUUAGCUUUAAAAGUUCUUAAAUGCUGUUCCAAAAGUGUAAAACACAGAUUUAAAACUGGUGAAGAAUUGGAGUUUUGAUCAUGAAUGUAGCAGGGGCAGCAUAUUUAAUGGCUGAGGUUUUAUAUUUAAUAGCAGACAUAGACUGUAUUGAUUCAUCUUGUUUCUGUUGCCUCUUGUGUUUCUAUCUCUGAAAGAGUGAAGUAGGUUGACAGUAGUGUGUUAUAAUUAAUAGAAACUGGCAUGUGCUAUAAUAUAAUAUUGAAAGCCUUCAAGGCAGUAAGUUUUAGCAAUCUACAAUUUUUUUUUACAAAAGUGCCCUAAUAUUCUGCCUUUCCUUCUUUAUCAGCUCAAGUAUAAGUGAUGUUUAAUAAUCUUAGCAAAACUUUACUGAAACAUCCCUUAGAAAUGUGUUUCUUUCUUUCCUGUACUUUAACCUUUGAGAUUCAAAAAGUGUGGGGGUUUUAUUAUUUAUAUUAAUUUUUCCCCUCUGGCUCCCAGAUGUCUAUUUAAAGAUGCUCCUGAAUGCUGACUUGGGAAGUGAUUCAUCAUUUUUCAAAGCAAUCCACAUUAAAAGUACAACACUGUAACCAAAGAUUGCCAGCUCUGUUUCAUAGUUCACGACUGUUUAAUGGAGACUUCAGUCUUUUGCUGUUGCUAGCUUAAUAAUCAGAUUGACCCAGCCCUUCCAUAAUUUUUAGAUAAUUUUGGAAGAAAUUUGCAUGUGAAACCUUGGCAGUACUGAUUGGUUUUGAGACAGUGCACUCCAAUAUAUAUUCUUGGCUGAAUAAUGCCCAAAUCAUACCUAAGCACUCUGCCCUUGUAGUUAGCAAUGGUUGUGGGAAACAUCAGUUUCAUAUAGUUUUAUGCUUUGAGUGGUCCUUUAAUUCCCACCUGCCCGGGGAAAAACGUGCAGCAGACAUCAGCUGUGCCUGGCAUCUCCCAUGAGCCUCUGCCUGCUUUGCCCGUUCUUCACCACAAUAGCCGUGCGUUGAAAGAGGUAUUUACACCUCCUAAUCUGGGGGGAUCCAGCCUUUUCUGUAAACCCAAGUUACUGCUGCAAGCAACUGGGAGAAAGUGUGCCUUAGCCCACACCUAGUGUGGCAAGUUUUCUUUCUCUCUUUUGACUGUGUAGCAAGAUCAGAACACUGAUUUGGGCAACCAAGUGAGAUACACAAAGACUGGUAUGAAUACUCAUUUUAAAGACUGAACAGCUAAUAGUUUAGCUAACUACAUUGGAUACAAGCAGCAGUAGAUGCCAGGGUCCAGCAGAAAAUGCAGCUGUAAAGAGAUUCAUAUAAUAGGGUUUAUCCUCUUGCUUAAUAUUAGGGUUCAUUUUCUUAAAUACAUACUAAAUUUGUCACAAAAUUUUACUGGGACACUUCAUAAUGAAGGGAACCUGCCAUACAAACUGCAUGUGCAGAAGAGUCAAGGAUGGGCUUUAUGGUGCAGUGUGGGGAUGAUAACAUACAUGUGAAUGAAGAAAAAUUCCCAAAAUCCAAGCCCUGAGCUGCAGUGACCCUGGUGAAACCAAAUAUCAACAUUGUUUUCUUUUUAUUUAUUAGCAGAAAUUGCAGAGAUUUUUUUCCAUAACUUUGUUCUCUUUUUUGUCUAUGUAAAAACUGUUAUGUUGUUUGUAUACUGUUUUAACUUAAAAAGCAAAGUUAUUAAAGAAACUAACCUGAUUCAUCUUAUUGAUGGAAUUGGAACCCGUCCCCCCAAAAUAAAUACCUUUUCAAUAGAAGUUCAGAAAGAUUCUUAAUUUCAAACCACUCAAUAGCUUUUUAUUUACUGUAUUCUUCUGGGAUAGAGCCUACUUUCUCAAGUGCAAUCUAUAUACAUUUUUUGUUAUCUCAGUUAAAUGCAGCUUUCCUAGCAGUAUUUUUUACUUUAUGCAGUAUGUAAUGUGUCUUACCUUGAUGAAAAAAUAAAUACUGCUUUUGAAAGAA